AAUUAAACCCCACUUAAAAAUCUAAAAAGGAAAUUCGUGUAUGUCGAACUCAGAUCAUUUUGAAAGCAACUUUGAGGCCGUAUCCGAGACAACCAGACUUAUGGACGGCCAUGUUGCUACAAACAGUGGAAAUUCAUCUACGGAUUUGAGACAAAAUCAAGAAGUCUCAAGAAAACGAAAUAGACAGUCAGAAAAUUUAGAGCAAAGAACUCCGGAACGUGAAAAUGUACCUGAACAGGCUCAAGGGGAUUAUGUUCCCCGACCUAUUCCGCCCCAAGAUGAAGAAGAGGAAUUGAAAUAUGGAGCUAAACAUGUUAUUAAAUUGUUUGCCCCUGUGUCUCUUUGCAUGGUUGUUGUAGUUGCUACCAUUAGUGCAGUUAAUUUCUAUUCAAUUAAAGACAUGUACUUAGUAUAUACUCCAUUCCAUGAAGAAAGUUCAGAUUCUAGCACAAAAGCAUGGAAUGCAGCUGCCAAUGCUAUGAUUUUGAUGGCUGUUAUAGUUAUGAUGACUGUGCUUCUGAUCGUCCUUUACAAGUAUAGAUGCUACAAAACAAUACAUGCCUGGUUAAUUGUAUCAUCAUUAAUGUUGCUUUCAAUUUUUUCCUAUUUAUAUUUGGAAGAAAUUUUAAGAGCCUAUAACAUUCCAAUGGACUACCCAACUUUGCUAUUAAUUAUGUGGAACUUUGGAGUCAUGGGCAUGAUAGUUAUCCAUUGGCAAGGGCCUUUGAUUUUGCAGCAAGCUUAUUUAAUUUUUGUUGCUGCUCUUAUGGCCUUAGUUUUUAUCAAAUACUUACCAGAGUGGACAACAUGGGCUGUAUUAGCUGUUAUAUCAGUUUGGGAUUUAAUUGCAGUAUUAAUGCCAAAAGGUCCUCUUAGGAUCCUUGUUGAGACUGCUCAGGAAAGGAACGAGCAAAUAUUCCCUGCAUUAAUUUAUUCAUCAACGUAUAUGUAUGCUUACACAAGUAUGGCCACUGGAGAAGAUGUUCCGAAUGUUUCUAGAACCAAUAGUGUAGAUCAUGGAUUUACUCAAGACUGGGUUAAUAAUCACGCUAAUAGAGUAGCUCAAAGACAAAUAGAAGUUCAUAAUGAUCCUAAUAGUCAACCACGCACACAGGUUCAUCAGGAAGAAGAAGAACGUGGUGUCAAACUAGGUUUGGGAGAUUUUAUAUUCUACAGUGUUUUAGUAGGGAAAGCAUCUUCUUAUGGAGACUGGAACACUACAUUAGCUUGUUUUGUAGCUAUCUUAAUAGGAUUGUGCUUAACCCUAUUGCUCUUAGCAAUUUUCAAGAAAGCUUUACCUGCAUUACCAAUUUCCAUAACAUUUGGACUCAUAUUUUACUUCGCUACCAAAGAAAUUGUUAGUCCAUUUACUGAUAGUUUAGCUAAUGAGCAAAUAUUUAUAUGAAUUUAAUUUUAUAUUCAUCUUAUUUAUGCUGUAUUUUGUAUUUUUCGCCUGUUUUAAUAUUGUAGACUACCUUAAGUUUUAAUACUAAAUAAUUUUUCUAGGAACG